CCGACGUCGACCGCAUGAUCCGUUUUCCAGAGGCUAUCUUUUGGAUGACAGCGUGGACGGCGUUUGGGUAGAGAGCACCCCCGAGCCUGCAAGACGCGACGCCGGUUGGCUACGCAACAUCCUCAACGUGGUAGGCCGUGAUGAUUCGUCGUCCAGUGCCUCCGGCUUUAAGUCAAGAACCCUCAUGUUGCUAUGCCUGGCCGAAAAUCCGUUGCUUGGCAGGACGCGAGUAUCGCUGCAGCGUUGCAGCGAGAGUUUGACCGCGAGCAUUCGCAACUAGUUCGUGAGAUGGAAGACUUGAAAUUGGCACAGACGAGCCCAUUUCACUGUGCUAUAUGUUUUGAGGCAUGCCCCAUCGACGAUGUUGCAUGGGUCGAGCCAUGCGGACAUCAAUUCUGUAGGGACUGCUUACGCGGUUCCAUCGGGGCAAAAAUCGAGGAGCACCAGUACCCAAUCUUGUGUCCGUCGUGCGUUGUGGGCACAGAGAAAAAGGAGUUGGGAGUGAUAAACGAUUCGCUUGUGCAACAGCUUGGCCUGACAGAGAAGCAAUACGAGGCGUUCAACGAAAUGCAAAUGGCCGCGUUCUCGGUCGUGAUACAUUGUCGCAAGUGCCAGAACACUAUGUUCGUUGACAAGGCGGAAUUUGCGACUACCGAAUUCCUGACCUGUCCUCUGCGGGGGUGCCAACAUGUAUGGUGCAAGAAUUGUUCCCAAGAAAUUGUCGGCGAUGUACAUGAGCAUACGUGCGAUGGCACGUCCGAAUUCAAACAUCUCAUGCAAGAGCGGGGAUGGAGAUAUUGUCCAGGUAAGUAUCAAGCUCUGACUCAGAUAACGGCCCUGUCGUUGCUUCGACACUUCUGCUGGCGCUGCGGCGAAUCAAUCACUCAGGCUAAAUGUCGACUCUUCGAAUACGACGAUGAGGAUGCUUGAGGUUAUGUUCAUGGGUAAGUUGCGUUGAUCGCGCCCAAUCGCAGGUACUUUGAUAGAACUUUGCAUAUAUUCCGUUAACACAUCA